GUGUUUAAUAUGGCGAAGAGGCUGACAAAGCUUUGACAGUUUAUUUUAAAGAAAAAAACAUAAUUUUUAUAUGUAUUUUACAUGACGAUGUACACCCUACCCAACUUUUGUCGCGUAUGUCUGAAAUACGACAAAAAUCUAAUAGAUUUAGCUCAUAUCGAAAACGAACCAAGUGAUACUCUUAUGAGUAAACUACAACAGUGUGUAUCAGAAGUGGAAUGGACUGUGUUUAAACCCUUGUUAUGCCACCCUUGUAUAAAGAGACUGAACGUAGCUUACAGUUUUAAGAAACAAUGUAUACAAUCAGCGGGUGUAUUAAAGAAUUAUGUAGAGCUUGUUAAAGAAUCUCAGAAGAAAAACGAAACUCAAAAUACCGUUAAGACCGAAAAUGUUAUACCUACAACAGGAGGAGCUUAUAUGCUUCUUCCAAACCAGAAAUACGUUAAAAUUUUAGUUGGUUCCCAAAAUCAAGGUACGAAUUCAUUCCAAAAUGUUUUUCUAAAUUUGAUACCUGCGAAUACGUUAAAUCCCGUAAUAACUACAACUUCAAAUUCCACUAAUUCCAUAAAAACUAAAGAUAACAAUCAAAACGUAUUUUUGAACCUUAACAAUACUUUCCAAAAAUUGGUUCCUGUGUCACAACCUGCAGAAGUAAAGAAAGUUGUUGAGGUACCUAAAGUGAAUUUGAAUGUUAAUCAACUUUUAACUGAAAGCAAAAGUGAAGAAUUAAGUGUAGAAAUAGAUCCAAAUGUUUUUGGAUUAGAGGAAGAUGAAGAAAGUAAUGAGGAGGAAGAUGCAAAUGAUUAUGAUGAAGUUAUUUCCCAAGCUAAAAUUACUCUAAAAGAUAUUAAAUCUAAUGGAGAGAAAGUACAGAAUGGCAAAGAUGACCAAAAAUAUUAUGUUCCUAUACUUCCUAAGACUCAAGAUGAUUUCUUUUCCUCAGGUCAACACUUUUUAUUUAGUCAAGCAGAAAACGCAGGAGCUUUCACUUGUGAAUCAUGCCAAAAAUCAUUUUCGACAAAAAAAUUAUUGAAAGCUCACAUCAACCAAUUUCACUUGGGCAAGUUGCCAUUUAAGUGCGAAUAUUGCUACUUGGAAUUUGCAACCAGAAGUGAAUACCAGUUGUGUUUAAAAACUCAUAAAACUGAAAAUGAAACUUUAAAUAAAUCCAUUACUUUGCAAGACUUCACAAACAAUUCCCCAACCUUAAAUGAUUUACAGUUGUCUGAAUUAGAAGCACACAUACAACCCUCAGAAAAUGGAGAAUAUAUUUGCGAUGUUUGCAGUAGACCUUUCAAUAGUUCAACAGGACUUUUAAGGCACAAGGUGCGAAAACACAACCAAAAAAAUAAGAAAAAAUAUUUUAUCAAAGGAAUGAAAAAUGCCAGGUGUGAUAUUUGCAACAGAGAAUUUUCGACACAAUCAUACAUGCAGUUGCAUAAAAAAUUACACAUGAGAGAUGACAUUGGUUACAAGUAUAAAGUUUUUGGUAAAAGUAAAUAUGGUGAGAUAAAGGAUAAGGAUGAAAAUAAAAUUGAUUCGCUUGAAACAUCCAACAUGGAUGAUUCAAACGUUGAAAAUUUAGAUGUAACUCCUGAUAUUUUCACUGAAAAAUCUGAUGAUGAAAGUAUUGAUGAAGACAGGGAUGGAAGUACUGAAGAUACAGAAGAAACAGAAGAAAUGAAAACUGAAAAAAUGGAUAUAGAUGAAGACAAUACUUCCGACAAUGAAUUAGAUGAAGAUGAAGAAGAACCAAAUGAAGAAUUCAAAGAGGAAGAAUACAAAGAGUCUGAAACAAUAAAACAGGAUGAAAUAUGUGAUUUAAAUGAAAAAACAAUUGAAGAUGAUUAGUUUAGGUGAGACUACUUUAUUUCCACAACAUUUUUUUGUAGCAAGUGCAGAUAUUUGUUAUAUUUUAAUUCAAGAAUGAUUAACCUUGAUUUUAUUAUAUUUUAUAAUGUUAUAUAAUUAUAAACUUAUCGAAUUAGGACCUUAACCUCAUUGAUUCAUAACGACUCAAUAUUUUAAAAAUUAUUGAAAUGAGAAUGUUACAUAUAUAUAAUAUUUUGUACCAAAUGAAUAAUCUAGAAAUUUUGAUCUGAACAUGUAACAGAAUUUAAAUAUUGUGGCUGUGCUGGAACAAAAUAGUUAUUUAUAUAUAUCUACAACUUGUAAUGAUACAAAGAACGCCAUAUAACAUUUGAAGCAAUAAAAAUAAAAUGUAUUUGUUCUGUUUACCAAAUUCUAAAGCCGAGUAAAUCACUUAUGAAAAAUACUUAGCAAUAAUAUUUUAAACAGUAACAUGUUUUCAUGUAGGGUUUAAAUUAUUCAUUUAUUUACCAAAACAAAUUUAGUUGGUAAAAGAAACGAAAAUAAACAUGAUUUUUAUUUGAGAGAUCUUUAAUUUAGAUUAUGUAGUUUUGAUCUCAUUAUUAGUUGAUGUUUUGAGUGUAUACAAGGUGAACAAUUACUAUUAUAGUCUAAGACCCGAAGUAAGGUUGACCUUCACCCAUCUGUUUAAUGG